UUCAAGUGCUACUCGUGUUAUUGUUUGCUUUCGAGUUGUGUUUUUCUUUGUGCGGUAUGCUUGAAAAAUUUUUUCCAUACACGAACCAGACAAACUGAAUUAUUUUCUAAAACGGAGUUGUAUCGUUCAUCGUGGUAGAUUGAUCGAUAAGUAACUAUUGUCAAUUUAACCUGCGAAUUCAAACGCCGACAUAUUAACAGUCAAAAUGCCACCAGCAAUAAAUCAGUCAGCCAGAAUCUUUGCUGAGAUUACAGCAACAUGCGAUGCUCUUGGGUACAACGAUGGCAAAACUUUUCGUUUGGACAAAAACAGUCUUGAGGCAUUAAAAGAUUUGAUUAGAUAUCUAAGAAGAGAUGAUGACACUCAUUCUAUUCGUCGUUAUUUGGGUCAGACAAGAAUAGUACAAAAAGAUUUAAUAAAAAUCUUUGUUGAUCAUGCAGAGAAGACUGAAAUUUGGAAUGUUCUUCUGAGAUUACUUAUUAAUCUGACAAGUCCAGCAUUAAUGGUUUACAAUGAAGAACUUCCAUCAGAAAAAGUUACAAGAGGUUACUACUUGCAAAUUCUGUCACAUUUACAAGAGUACAAAGCUCAAAUGACCAAUGAUGCUUUUUGGGUAGUAGUAAAUGAGAAACUGAAGCAGUUAUUGAUAAUUGAUAGUAAUGAACGUGGAGAAGACAAUGAGAUGUUACUAGAUCGAAUCCUUACCUUAAUACGUAAUGUACUCAGAAUUCCAGGAAGUGAUUAUGAUACUAGAACAGACAAUGAUACAAGUGUGCACGAUCAGGUUUUGUUUACUCUGCAUACAUCUGGAGUAUCUGAUAUGUUGAUCUACAUUUCAAGUUCUAGUAAAGAGCAGCAGUAUCAUAUGCAAAUAUUAGAAAUCAUAGCUUUCAUGCUACAAGGACAAAAUCCCAGUAAACUUGCUCAAGUCGAAAUGCUACGAAGUGCAGAGGAAAAGGAGGAGGAUGAAGCUAAAUUGAUGAUUGCCAGGCAAAAAGAGAAAAUUAACAAAAUGGCUAAAAUAAAAAAAUAUGCCGAAUCAAGGCAUUCUAGAUUUGGUGGCACCUAUGUGGUAAAAAACAUGAAAGCUAUAGGAGAAAACGAAAUGAUCUGUCAUAAACCUUAUAAGAAGAUCGAAGAUUUAGAUUUCAGUGUGACAAAGCGAAAGACGAAGAAACACAAAGCACGAGGCUCGGAAGGAGCGAGCAGCAGCGGCAAGCAAGAGGAGCGACUGUCAGCGUUGAGCGUGCGUCUGUUUCUCAAGGAAUUCUGCGUAGAAUUUCUGGCAGCUGCCUACAAUCCAGUGAUGAGAUACGCGCGCAGCUGUAUCAACGGCAACCAAGCCGACGCGAGCCACUACCUCUGGGCUCUGCGCUUCUUCAUGAACUUCAACCGGCACUACAAGUUUCGCGUGAAAUACGUCAGUGAAACCAUAUCCUCUGACGUAUUUUACACUGUGCAGAGGCAGAUCGAGCAUCAUUACGAUAUGAUUUGUUCGGACAAGAAGAAAGCCACGUAUUGGGCUAUCAGGCUUCACUUGGCCGUCAAUGCCUAUCAGGAAUUGCUGUAUACGCUCAUCGAGAUGGACAAGUGCGCCGAUCAAGGAGUGAGAAGCUCAAGCCGUGUAAUAAUGAGCAACAUUUUCUACGUACCCGAGUAUCGCGAGACAAUAUUCCAGCAGCUUCUCAAUUACAACGAGCUCACCAUGUCAAAAGACUACUUGGUCGAUUUGGUCACGACGGUGCACAUUUUUUUGAAGAUGCUCAAGAACUUUUGCGAUAAGCAACGUCACCUUGUCGUGGCGAAACCCAAGCGGAACAAAUCAAAGAAAAAGACAAAGCCGGCGGCAAGUAAGAGUGGAGGUCCACAGCAGCAGGCAGUUGGUCCAGCGCGAAGCUUGGAAGAUCGAUGGGACGAGGUGGGACCGGAACUGUCGGCCGUUAUGCAGCAGAACAACGAGAUACCGAUAGUGAUGCCUUUUGACGCAACGAUCGACAUACCCGUAGAUGAGCAAAAGGUUGAUGCGAUGAAGAGGAUUCAGAAACUACUACGUUCCAAGGAAUACGAACAGACGGUCGGUCUUCUGCGUGCUGCCAGGGACGUCUGGCCGGAGAACGAGAGUUUCGGCAAAGCCAACAUACCAGUCGACGAGGAAUUCCUCGUACUGCGAGAAAUCUUUCUGGCCGAUCUCGGUGUUGCAGAUGAAACAGCCGUGGCAGCCUCUCGCAGUCAGGCUAACGAUGGAAAUCAGAUCCAAAGUCAACUUAACUGUGAUGAAGAGGCCGACAGCGAGGAAAACGAAGAAGCAGAAACAGCACGAUUCAAAGAGUCCAGCUUCAAAUUUAUGGAUUUUAUGCAGCGAUUUGCAAAUGUGCGAGUUGUCAGUAAUCUGAAUAUUUUGCUAAAGCAAUUUGAGAAGAACGCACCGGAGGUCAAUUACUACGUCCUAAAAAUUCUCCAUCGAAUUUCUUUCGAGUGUAAAAUGACAGCGAUGAUGUACCAAGCCUCCAUAUUCCGAGUUUUCCAAAGACUAUUCCGGUCUAAUGAACGCGCUCACCAGGAAUUGGCGGCAUUUGGUCGUCACGUAUUCCGCAGUUUCGCCGAGGUGGCAUCGCGUAAUCCAAAGGCCUACAUGGAACUGCUGUUCUGGAAGUCAACAAAGCAGGCAGUCGAGAUGACUGACGGUUACGAUGUCGAACACGCUAACAACAAGAAAGCAUCCAAGAAUGCGUGGACCGAGCAAGAGGAGGACGAGUUAAGGCUGCUGUUUAUGGAGCAUCAAACCAACAAAUAUCCGCAGGAUGUAAUCAACUUUAUCCAGGCUAGUCUGAUCAAUCAAACGCGCACAAGGCGAGCCAUUAUAAGGAAACUGAAAGAGAUGUGUCUAAUCGUCAAUUCCAAGGGCGUUCGAAGCGAAAUUCAAAAGAGAUUGCCAAAGGAAUGGUCCGAAGAGGAAAAGGAACAGCUGGCUGAGCUCUGGCAGAGUGCGAAGGAUGAAGAUGAUCCCGUUGGUUGGAUUUACGACGGUCUGCGAAUCAAACGCUCCAAGCUGAAAAUUAAAGAAAAGUUAUUGGAGCUACAGAUGGUGGAAGACCCGAAACAGUUGCGAAAGAAACGCAGCAGAAAGAGCACCGGGGCAAAAUCUUCUUGGGAGACGCGUUCAGCGAGUGAAGAUGAAAAUGAUGAUUCGGAUCGAGAGUCGGACGAUUCUGAUGGAACUAGAGCUUCCCACAGUUCCGCAAUUAGAAAUAAAAAGCAAAAAAAGCGAAAACAAGGCUCCAACAAGAAAAAUGAACCUGUGAUCGCUUAUACCGAUGCGCAGUUGUCGCAAAUGUUAAAAGAAAUCAUCGGCAAUGGCAUGCGCGAAUCAUUGGAGUGGCUGAAGGAGUCCCUAGAGGACUCACUGGAAGAUCGAGACGAAGAGAGUAACGAAGGUAUAGCAUUGGUGCCGCUCACAGCAAACUCAUCGACUGCUAUGGAUUCGCCGAGUUUCCAACGAUUCCUGCAUGGAUCUGGUAUGCACGCGCCGAACUUAGAGGAAACUUACUGGCGUAUUCCUGCCACUAUGCUCGUCACCACUAUUAAAAAGCGUAUCGAUAUUAUUGAUGCUGCACUGAAAGGAGAUUUUAUUGAAGAAGCUCCAGCUGUAAAAAAUGAUGAGUCUAGUGACGAUGAUGAUAUCUUUGAAAAACUGAGGCAGUAUAAUAACCUACAAAAGGACGUCAACAACGAUUCAGACAAAGAAGCUGAACUAUCCACUUCUGCUAUAAACACACCAAUGAAAUCCAAUAGUAAAUAUUUUAACGAAGAUAGUGAAAACUCUACUUUUGAUAAAGAUUGUGAUAUAGAGAAGGAAAAUCUUACAAAUGGUAAGUCUAAUUAUUUCAAGAAGCAAUGCCCGGCAUCAAAUGACUUUGGUACAGUAGAAAAUAUUACUUCUCAAAUGUCUCGAAAUACAAAUAGUCAACUGAAAAGAGACCAAAUUACAUCGCAACUUAAUGGUUUCGACGAAAAACAAACGAAGGCGUCUGAAAAUAGUGUUACAUCGAACUUUCGAGAGGACGUCAACGACGUGAAUAAUGAAUAUUUGUCUCAGUCGCAAGAGCCCAAAUCUAAACGAAUCAAAAGUGUAGUUGGUUCUUCCGAUUCGGAGGACGAUGUAGAAAAAUCUUUGAGAGCACAAAACGAUGAAACUAUCAUUGGUGACUCAAGUGAAGAUAAGUCAGCCAGAUCAAAGCGAAUAUUUGAUUCAGAUUCGGAGAAUGAAAAAAUGGACACGGAGUGUCAAUCACAAGUCAAGGCUCAAACGAAGAUCACUCUUCAAAGCGAAAACUCCAAGUCCAGGAGGAUACGUAAAAUUGUCGACUCGGAUUCGGAAUCAGAAGCUGAAAAAGCUUUACAAGCUAUUGAUAAACUUUUUCCUGAGACUAAAAGAAACCGCUCGAAUGACUGCGACACAGAGACUCCUGUACAGAAAAAACGUCGUAUACUAGAUAGCGACGAUGAAGACGUUGCGGUGCCACGAAACUCGCAGCAGAAGAAACAAACUAGAGUAAUGAAUAGCGACGAAGAUUAGAAAAGCCGCGUCUCUGCAGUCUACGCUGCUUUUUUAAAUACUGAUUUUGCACAAAUCUAUUUCACAGUAUCUUAAUCUACCUUGUAAGUGCUGCCAUCUGCUCGCGAAACACCGAGGUCAGCUUAAAAAGAGGCGAUGGCAUUAAAAAAAACACGGAAUUAGUAUGUAGAGUUAAUAGUCUACUAUUUUUACAUUAUUUACGAUACUCUUUUUUAUUAUUUCUCACACAUUUAUAUUGUCUGGCAAUUUAGUUUCUAAUUAUUUAUACUUGUAACGGUUUUAAC